UGCAGUCUUGUGGUAUUGUUUUAUUUUUGAUCAGGAAGUUUAUGAUGGCCAUUAAAACAAUUAUAUAUUAUUGAUGACAAAUCGUUUGCUCCAGUUGUGAUGAGUCAGGACUUAUUGUUGUGUUUUGGUACUAUAAUGGACAAGCAUAAAAAGGGGAAGAAGCAACCUUCUGAAUGGUCAAAAACUGGUAGUUUUAUGCACAAACCAGAGAGAGGCUGGAUUCAUCCAGAUGCACAAAUAAAGCCUGAUGCUGGUGUAUGCUAUGGUGUAAGGUAUAUAGGAUGCCUGGAGGUCAAAGAGUCAAUGAGGCAACUAGAUUUUGAUACAAGGACAGCAUUAGCUAGGGAAGCUAUAUGCAGGGUAUGUGAAGCAGCAGGGUUAAAGACGGCAAAGAAACGUAAAGUAGAUAAAAAGUUGGUAAAAAUGUUAGGUGAUGCACCAAAGAUGCAGUAUGCAGGGUCAAAUGUCAACUUGACAAUCACAACAGACUGUCUCACACUUAUUAUAAUGGAAUCUGGAGAGAUGAUAGCCAAUCACCAGAUGCCUGGAAUUUCUUUUGCUUCGGGAGGAGAUUCUGAAACACUAGACUUUGUAGCAUAUGUUGCUAAGGACACAGCUAAUGGUCGAGCGUGUCAUGUGUUAGAAUGUGGAGGUGGAUUAGCUGAAGAUGUUAUAACCACAGUAGGACAAGCUUUUGAACUUCGUUUCAAAGAAUAUCUAAAAAAUCAACCAAAACCAGUUACAGUCCAGGACCCCACAGAGAAAGGUAUUGCUGACAGUGAUGCCUGGGGAAAUGACGAGAGUGACUAUUAUAAUGACCGACCUGAUGCAAGACCUCCUCUAGCUGAAGCUGCAACAGGAAACACUAAUUAUUCAGCACCUAAGUCUAACCUGCCUGUCAGUGAUGGCUUGUAUGCAUCUGUAAAAGAACCUCCUCAGCUUUAUGAUGUACCUAAAGACCAACCUCUGAUUGACUUUGGUGCCACCGGUGGACAGACAUAUGACAAUAAAGAUGGUCAGGUGUAUGAUAAUAAAGAAACCGUAUUCAAUGGUGAUGCUGAGUUUGAGGGUAAUGUGUAUGACAAUAAAGAAAAUGUUAUGGAAGAACCAACAACAAAUGGGGAUCCUUUUGACAUGGAUCCCUUUCAAUCAUCCCUACAGAACACAGAAACAGAACCAGAGCUUCCCCAGCGACAAUUUUCAGACAGUAUGGUUGUACAUGAGCCCUCUCGACCUGAAAUACCGCAGCGACCUCAACCUAGAUUACCAGAGGAAGAUAGUGUCUCUAAACAUAAUAUAGCUCCUAUGUUUGAAACAUGGUACCAUGGUCAAUUACCAAGAAAGCAGGCUGAAAAACUUCUGCAGAAAGAUGGUGAUUUUCUAGUACGGAAAAGUUCAAAUGACCAAAAUCAAUUCGUCCUGAGUGGGAGACAAAAUGGUGUUAUUAAACACUUGUUAUUAGUUGACCCAGAUGGCAUUGUACGAACCAAAGACCAUACAUUUGAAAGUGUUCCUCAUUUAAUUAAAUAUCAUAUGAAACAUGGACUUCCGAUUGUUUCACAAGAAAGUGAACUUCAUCUGGUUAGACCAGUCAGCAACAACUACACCAACUGUUGACCAUAAUUGUUAGCCUAUCAUUGUUUAGUAACUGGUACCCUUUCAUAUUGUUUUAAUUUGGUGCCAGUUGCAGUUUUAUUCACAGGAUAUUUAACACGAUGAUAAUCUCUUUUAAACUGUUACUCAUGAAAUUAUUAGUAAAAUGUCAAGAAAAGCAAAAUCUGUUUUCAUUUCUGAAAGUAUUAUUAAUUAAUCUUCCUUUAUUUAUAUGAUACAUGAAAAUAAAAGUAAUGCAUAAUAGGGGGUCUGGAUGGAAUUUACAGAAUAGUUGGUCAAUACUACAGAAAAAUGGGCCAAGAAAUAAAGAACAGAGAAAAACAAACUAAAAAAAACUAAAGAAUAGAAAAUUAUGGGGUGAUUAAAUAUAAAGAAUAGAGAAUAAUUACCUAAAAAUUGGUUUGAGAAUACAGAAAUAAUGGACACCCUUCCAGACCCUCAUGAUACUGUCACAUGAGAGCAUUCUCUGUUACAGGUGAUUCAAUGUAAAUAAAAUAUUUCAUAACAUACUGUAAAUUCAGAAAUUAUUGCGUGCAUUUAUUAUUGCGAUUUUGUCAUUUUUAACAAAAAUGCGAUUUUAAUUUUUACGAUUUUGAGAAAAAUCCUGUUUAAUUGAUAUAAAAUAUUUCAAAAUGCGAGUUUAAAUUAUUGCGAUUACAACUCUGUCACAUUUUUCGCAUUAAUAAAAACCUUGCAAUAAUUUCUGAAUUUACAGUACAUUGCACUCAUGCUUUCCUUAACAAUGUUGUUUUGUACUAAAUAUCACUUUUUAAAUUGUCACUCUUUCUUGGCUUUGUUGUUUUAACGCUGAUCAAGUAAAUAAAAAAAUAACCUGAUUUUAAUUUUUGAAUAUUUUAAAUUUUUAUUCAAGUGUUUGGUAAGAAAUACAAGUUACAAUUUGUUCAAGAAUAUGAUUAUCAUUAUUUGAAUUUAAUUUAAAAUUAGUGAUAUUGAAAUAUAAAUGUAAUGUAGAAUCAAGUAAGUGCCAUUUUUAUCAUAGCAAAGCCUUGAAAUAGCCCCAUAUAACAAUGAGAAGGUAUUUAAUGAACGAAACAAUUGAUUUUUUAUUGUGCACAUUGUAACAGGGCAGGUCCUCCAAUCAGAUUGUGUAUAUAGAUUUUUGUAUAUAUGUCAUAGCUUUAAGCAGUUGUUUUGAGUGUCAACAAAUACAUUGAAUAUUGUUACAAAUAACUAUUUUAUUACUUUGUUUUAGUGUCAGUAAGACUAUUCCAUUUUGUUAAUGAGCUUAUUUUGUUUAUUUAUUGUUAAUGAUUUUUUAGAAUAUAUUUGUUUCUGACUUUAAACAUUUUUUGUUCCAUUUUAUACUUGCUGGCAUUUUAGAUGCUAAUUAGUAUCAUUGUUUUGUGUGGCAGUCAUACUUUACUAAAUGAAGAGUGCUUGUGAUUAUUUUAAAAUUCUAUUUUAAUGCUGAAGUAUUUUAGGAAUUUGUAGAAUAAUGUAUAGAAGAACUAAAAGGUUCUGUAAUUACCAGUUAUCAGUUAUUCUGGAGACAAAAUGUUUAGGAAAUCAAAAAUUUAUAACCAUCAAAACCAAAGGGCCAAAACAGAAUAAUCAAAUAUCUAAGGUUAAUUUACGCUUUUAUAGGAAUUCACUAAACAUUAUGUUAUUCAAUGAAUAAAAAUUAAGUAAACAUGUAUAAUUUAAAUUAUGCCAUUACCAAUUCACUGGCUGCAGAUGACUAAAUACAAGCCAAUUGACCAGUAUUGAUGGAGUGUGUUUUCAAUGCUCAUUAUUUCCUUACCUGUUUUGCCUUAAUUUUAGGAUAUUUUUGGAUUAUAGUAACUUUAUGAAACCCUACAGGGUAGCAUGGUAGAAGUCAAGUAGAGACAUUUUUUACUGGUUAGACAAGCUUUGACAGAAGGCACUUUGCUAGGUCUGUUUCAGUUGUAUUUAUGUUUUUUCUACUUCCUCUGCUUUUAUGUUUUUUUGUUAUAGAUUUUUGUUACAAUAACCAUUAACCAUUUGACAGUUAUAGGUAUUUUUUGAUAACUCAAUUUUUGUCUGUCACAUUUUUCUGAUACUUUUAUACUCUUUUAAGGUUUAUAUAUUUUCCAGCAUCGUUUUACUUCGCUAUUUUUUUCUAGAAUCCCCUUCCAGGGAUGUGGAACUUUUAAGAGUCCACUUUUAUUAAAGAUAUAAAUCGUAAGGGAGCCUGAAGUGCUACAUCAGAGCUGAUUAUUUUCCAGUCACUGAUUGUACUGUGUAUAAUUAUAUGCUUUAAAUUGUGGAUUAUAGAUUAUUAUGUGUUGGGGAAGAACAUUUUGCUACAUGGUAAAAAGCUAAGAAUGUGAUAUGUGAAUUUUCUAAAUAUGAUUUAGUUAAAUUGACAUGAAUGCUUUAGAAGAAAAUUUAAUGGAAGCAAAAAGUAAAAACAUAAUAAAGGUUUUGAUAUGAGUAAUCUAUAUGUAUAUAGUCAUGCUCAUAAAAACAAAACAGGAGAAAAAAAUAUAUGACAGAAUUGUUUCUGCUAAACAAGACAACUCUUACUGAAAUAAAGGGAUAUAACUCUGUAUUUAAUGGACACUUAGCUCAUUUUUACAGGAUCCCUAGUAUUUUUCUAACAUCUCCAUUAUUUAAGGGAUUUUCAUACAUUCCAUUAUUGAUUUAAUUACUAGAUUUGCAGAUUGUUUAGUUACUAGUGCAUAUUCAAGUAAAUAUUUACUAUUGUUUUAACUCAAGUGAUGUUGGUAAAACAUAUAACAUGCUCAUAUCUGUAAACCUUAUCACUACUUCAAAUUUUAUCAGUACUGACCAGAUAGUAGCUAUUUUACUGAUGCCAAUUUUGCACACAGAUAUUUAUGUCUAAAAGAAGAUCACUUUGCCCUGCAUUGUAAAUUUUUUAAAAAAAUCAGUAAAUGAAAAGUAUACAAUCAUCCAUAACAAAGUGUGUUUUUUUAAUAUACAAAAUGUUUUGGACUACAGGGUCCUUUGAGGUACUGGAAGGUUUGUAAUCUGUUUGUCUUACCUGCAAGGAAAGACACAAUACUUGACACUUAGCUGGCAGGAAGGGCAGUAAUUAAUUGUAUAAAGCUUUAUUUAUUAAUGUAGAAAAGCUAGACCUCCAUAUUUUGAAAAAGGUGUUCUGAAGUUUUGUCCGUCAUGUCAUAUACCUUUGACCUAAUUUUCCUGGUUGGUUCAGUGACAUUUAUUUAUUUUUUCAUAAACUGUUUCAAGUUACUAUGAGAUAGUGGUCAACCAUAAUUAGUGUCCCAAUUCAUUGUAAGGUAUACAUGUAAAUAGAAACUUUGACUUUAAACUUGCUUUCAGCUGCUACUUAAUCAGUAAUGAAUUGUUACAUUAAGGUUGGCAUUCAUGUCCAUCCUUCUUGUUUCAUACCUUAUUUAAUACUAGAACUUCUUUCCUGAAAACAAAUUUAUUUUUAUAAGAACAGGCUUUGUAUUUUACCUGUCCAUUCCUUUGUUCAUCAUAUGUAAUGAUCUGGAAAUUACUAUGAAACUAUGAAUCACUUACUGUACUAGACGGCAUUUUUAAAUCUCUUGAUAAACGGUUGUGUAGUUUUCCUUUCAAAAUAAUUUUGAAACUUAUUCAGUUAGUGGCUAGUGUAUCUUUUUCGAAAUGUCUUUCUUCUGUGGAUACUGUCUAUAUUUCAUUGGAAUCAGCUUUAGUUUGUAAUUAGUUUGAAGAUAAAAUUUGUGUGUAUGCUUGUGAUAACGUGUAUACUAGUCAUGACUGCAAACUAUAUAAUCAUUUUAUAGUCUUGUAAAAUUGUACAUAGCAGAGCCUGUCUUACUGCCAGUGACAUUUUAGCGGAUAGAAUAUUUCAAUUAUUCGAGGAGUUUGAAGCAAUCAUUGACAAAUUCUUGCAAAAAGAUUUAAAAAUCUCAAUAAAUUAUUUUAAUAUAAAAUACAUGAUUACCUGUUUCAUAUUUUAUUCUUGUAAAGUUAUAUAAACAAACAAAAACGCUUUCAAGUCUGUUUAUGCAUAUAAAUUAUGUUUUCUUUAAUUAAUGAAAUAAAAAGGAGGAUUCAAAGUAAGUUUUGCAGUUUAAGACAGGUUCCAUUACAUAUAAUUAACAUUCAUAAUCAUGUCAUAUAGCUGUAUUUUAUUCCAGUAGAAAGAAUUUUGUUAAUAACCAUUAAUUUAUGAUCAUGAUGGCAAAUAAUAAAAGUGAUACAUUUU